UUUCAAUUUAAGAUGUUGGAAGCAAAGUUCAAUCUUCCACCUCUAAUUUCACCCCUACGUGUAUGGGAACGGAAUCUACGCCGGCGUUCAGUAGAGUGGGAAAACCAAAACAUGACUCGUAUCAGGAGCUAGAUACAUUAUAACGGCGUCGUUUAGAGAAGCACGCCAGUACGCCCCCGUACAUUAACCCGCCACGGAAUCGUCGAAACUUCCAAAAUUCAAGCGGACUUUUCAACACGCAGAAAUACGUGGAAAUUAAAAUUAAUUGAGUUUGACGAACACCUCAGAGAGACAGAGACAUACAACAUAUGAACAUUUCAACACCCACCUUCUUCUCCUUCUUCGAUCUCUUAAUAAGCCGUGCUCUUGCGUUCUUCGAUUUCCCAUUAUCCACAAAACCUAUUCUCUCAAUUCCAUUCACCUGUAAACAUGAGAUUAAUCUACUUCUUCGUUGUUGCAGUGUGUCUCACGGUCUCAUCCACUCCAAUCUCUGCUCACUUCUACCCCAAUAUUUCAUCGAUACCGCCGUCGUUUAACCACCCGCGCGGCGCGUGGGAGGCGUUCCGGAAUUUCUCCGGGUGCCACCCCGGCGAGAAAGUCGACGGCUUGUCGAAGCUCAAGAACUACCUGAAACACUUUGGUUACAUCAACUCCUCGUCCGAAUUCACCGACGACUUCGACGACGCUCUCAGGUUCGCCCUCGAGACCUACCAGAAGAACUUCAACCUCAAUGCCACGGGCGAGCUCGACGAGCGGACCCUCCAACAGAUUGUGCGGCCCAGAUGCGGGGUCCCCGACAUCGUCAAUGGCUCGACGACCAUGAACUCCGGUAAAGAAACGACGUCUCCGUCGAACGCCACGCACUUCCAUACCGUCUCUCACUACAGCUUCUUCCCCGGAACGCCGCGUUGGCCAGAUAGCCGGCGGGACCUGACCUACGCCUUCGAGCCGGAAAACAACCUCACGGACGACGUCAAGAGCGUGUUCACCCGCGCGUUCGAGCGGUGGUCCACCGUGACGACGCUGACCUUCACGCAGACGGCAUCGUUCUACGACGCGGACAUCAAGAUCGGGUUCUUCGUCGGGGACCACGGCGACGGCGAGCCGUUCGACGGCGUGCUGGGGACGCUGGCACACGCGUUCUCGCCGACGAGCGGGCGGCUCCACCUGGAUGGCGCCGAGACCUGGGUGGUCUCCGGUGACGUGACUACAUCCUCGGAGACUUCGGCGGUGGACCUGGAGUCGGUGGCCGUGCACGAGAUUGGGCAUCUUCUAGGGCUCGGACAUUCCUCGGAGGAGGAAGCGAUCAUGUACCCUACGAUCUCGUCGCGGAGCAGGAAGGUCGAGCUGGCCAGCGACGAUGUCACGGGCAUUCAGCAGCUGUACGGUGCAAACCCCAGUUAUAACGGUUCUUCUACUCCGUCCGCUGGCGCUGAGGAGAGGGACAAUAGCAAUGCUGCGCCCAACAUUUCGGGCUCCAUGUGGGCGAUGAGGGCCUUGUUGACCGUCGGAUUUGGGUUGUUGUUGCUUUUUUAGUUUUACUUCAUUUUCGAUUUAUUUAAUUUUUAAAAUUUA